AUGAUCAAUCAUCCAUCGUUAAAGAAACAGAAAGUGAGAGUCACUGGAGUUGAAGAAACCCUAGACGACCGUAUCAGUCAAUUGCCGGACUCACUCCUAGUUCAAAUUCUCUCUUUAUUGCCGACAAAGGAUGCUUUCACAACCUGUAUCCUCUCAAAAAGAUGGCACUAUCUUUGGACUUUUGUUUAUAAUUUUAUUUUCACUCGUAGAAGCCAGGAAUCAAAAAUCUAUGGAGAUCCUUAUAACCCCGUAGUGCCCAUGGAUGAUACUAGUAGAAGACAUAAAUUUGAAAACUUACGAUCCUUUAUUGACUAUGUGUUAGUUCAUUCUAUUUCUCCCAAAAUUAAAAAAUUCGAACUCGACUGCAGAGACCUAUUCCGAGACGAUUCUCAAAUUAGACGGUGGCUUAGUUUUGCUGCUGAAAGAAAAGUGGAAGAUGUUGUAUUCUUGUCGUAUGAAAGUCUACUAGAUUGCAUAUUGCCUGAAUCUUUCUGCACCUGUUCGUCGUUGAUAACAUUACAUUUGAGACAUUGUUACUUUACAGAUGCAGUCAUAGCGUGGAAGUCUCUAACGAGCAUAAAGCUGGAGUGUUUGUUGUUAAACGAUGACGAAAUUUUAAACUUAUUAUCAGGCUGUCCUGCACUGGAAACUAUGGAAUUAUAUGAUGUUGGGGGAUUUCGCCGCCUGAAAAUUAGUUCUUCAAAAUUCAAGAGACUGAAUUUGAAAAAACAUUGGUUGCUUAAUGAUAACAAUGAUCGUUCCUUGGAAAUUUUUGCCCCGUAUCUUCAGCAUUUGGAGAUUUCAGGAAAUCUUAAAGAUAUCAAGUGUAGGCUUGUCGAUGUGUCCUCCAUGGUUAAUGCUAAGCUUACUUUCAACAUUGCAUGUAUCAAAGACAUACAGGCUGAUCGCUAUGAAAUUGUUGAUGAAGAAGACAAUUGUCAUGGUUAUCAUCAAGGUUUUAGGACCCUUGUCCAAGAUUAUCUUCAAAAGUUGAGUUGUGCAACUGAGCUAACAUUCGGAUGCAGCGGUAGUUCAUCGAGAAGCAUGUUCUCGGUCCCAAAACGAGUUGCGUCGAUACAAGGCCGACCUUUAACGGGUUACUGA